AUGCAGAUGCAGAGACGCUACUCCACCACCAUGGUAGUCGCCUGCAAGCGACGGCCACGCCCGCGUCCCAGCGAUUCGUACGACCACGUGUCACUCCUGCAGUCUCACCCAGACGCCAGACGCCUCGCGCAAAUCCACUCCCACGUCGUCACCUCCGGCCUGGAGCGCGCCGCUUCGUGGCCGCCGGCCUCGUCGCGCGCUACGCCGCGCUGGGCGGCGCUGGCGUGGCGGUCGCGCGCCAGGUGUUCGACCGCGCGCCCCACAGGGACGCCUUCCUCUGGAACGUCAUGCUCCAGGGCUACGCGCGGGCCGGACCGCCACACGCGCGACAGGCCGUCGCGCUGGUCGCGCGCAUGCGCGCGAGCACCGGGGCGCCCGCGGCCGCUGGGGACGUGCACGUUCGUCGUCAAGGCGUGCGCCGCCGCUGGGGACGACGACGACGACGCCGGGCGCGCCGGCCGGGCCGUGCACGCGCUCGCGGUCGGAGCCGGGUUCGACCUCGACGCCUUCGUGGCCAACGCGCUCGUCGCGUUCUACGCCAGGCUCGGCGACGUGGCGGCAGCGAGGAAGGUGUUCGACGUGGCCGCCGCGAAGGACGUCGUGAGCUGGAACUCGAUGAUCGCCGGGUACGCCCAGAACGGGCGCUCGGACGAGGCGGUCGCGCUGCUCCGUUCCAUGGCGCGGCGCGGCGCGACGUGCCGGCCAGACCUCGUCACCUUAGUCGCCGUGCUCCCGGCCUGCGCGGCGUCGGCGGCCGUCCGCGAAGGCCUGUGGGCGCAUUCGUACGCCGUAAAGAAUGCCUUUCGCGUGGACGACGGUGCGUUGGCAAGCGGGCUCAUUGCCAUGUACGCCGCGUGCGGCCGGCUUGACACCGCCCGGGCCGUCUUCGACCGCGCGCCGUGCCGGAGCCAAGCCGUGUACAGCUCAAUGAUCCAGGCUUACGGGAGCCACGGCCACGGCGUCGAGGCACUGGACCUGUUCCACCUUAUGCUGGCAAACGGCGUCACCCCCGACGGCGUCUGCUUCGUGUCCGUGCUCUCGGCUUGCGCGCACGGCGGGCUGGUCGACGACGGGCUCAGGGUCUUCGACACGAUGGGAGACCACGGCGUGGAGAAGCGGCAGGUGCACUACGCCUGCGUGGUCGACCAGCUCGGCCGCGCCGGGCAGCUGACCCAGGCGCUCGGGGUCGUCGAGUCCAUGCCGUUUCAGCCGGGGAAAGACGUCUGGGGCGCGCUGCUCGGCGCUUGCCGGCUGCACGACGACAUGGAGCUUGCGGAGCGUGCGGCGGAGCGCCUGCUCGUCCUCGACCCAGGGAACGCUGGCCGGUACGCUGCGUUGGCUCAGAUGUACGACGACGCCGGGAGGUGGGACGACGCGUCGAGGGUGAGGAGAUUGAUGCGGGAUCGAGGGGCAAACAAGCCACUUGCAAGCAGUAUUGUUGAGGGACACAUGGACGCAGUAUUCUAA